GAAUAAAAUCGAUUAAGAAACAUAUCUUUUAAGGUUUAUAACGAACAAAAUUUAUUAAGAAAGUUUUGCCCCAUCGCUUUUAGUUUAGGAGUUACGAUCGAUUUGAGGCACCAAAAAUCGAUUUUUGAGUUUUUUCGUGAUAGGGAUGUAAUUGAAAAACUAAGCGGGUUAUUUCCUCAAUUUUAGUUCGUGCCAAUUCUCCUUGUUGUCUCAACAAGAUCCAUGCUUAUUCUGGACCAACGUACCUUACAGAUUAAAUAUAGAGUGCCUGCCACGGAGAUAUACCGCAUUUCUUUAUCGCCGUUCUUAGACGACGUCGCCGUCGUCCAUAUUAAAGCCGUAAGUACUUCCCCACCCCUUUACCCUUUAGGCAGCUAGAUUAAUAGGUAGUUCCAACGAGUACUCUGCUUUUUGUUGCAAAAAACGACUUAGUCAUCGCCUCUAGUCACCUCAGACACCUCAAGCGCGUUAUCUGAACCCACGGGGUGCUUAUUCCAGGGCGAUAUGAGUCGGAAAAAGGGCGAUUUCGUGCUCCAAACGGGCCACGUAAUCGAAAUCGUCACCAAACUCUUCCUCGUCGUUCAAAACGCGCUUGGAAAAGCCCCGGAAGUCAACAUAACCACGGAGUUUGAAGCUAACUUUGGUUCUCAAACGGUUACGUUCACGUUUAAGUGUGUGGGUUUACCGGAAGUACAACAUGGUCAAAUUCGCGUGAUGCGAAAAGGGGCCAGAAUGGAGGUCUUGGUGUGACAGGUCGAAAAAGAAGGAAUACAUAUCGAAUUUAGAUGAGGAGUAAAUUUGGAUUGAAAAGAGGGAUAUUAAGUAAUAAAUAAAUAAAAAAAAAUGAUAUGAAUCACUGCCAAAAAAGAAAUCCACCCAUGGAGAGGAGGAGGAGGAGGAGGAGGACGUUUUUUUAAUUUCUUUUUUGUUGGUUUAAAGAGAAAUUAAUUAAUGCAAAAAUGAUUAAAAAAAAUAAGUAGUGCACAAUGAGUAUGUACAAGCACGUGUUUGGUCGCGUUAAAGUUGUACAUAAUUUUAUUACGAUUAAUAAAAAGAAAGUCUAAAUAAGAAUAUUGUAAAGAGAGAGGUACAAAAAAUAGGAAAUGGAGAUUAAAUCAAAUAAAAACGGUUAAAACGAA